CGGGGACAUCCUCGUGGUUAUUCGUAAGUUUGCCCUCUUUUCACCCUCCGUUACACCCGGGUUCGUAAUCUGGCCACAAAGCGUAUCUGUAUAUGUGUCUGUAUAUGUAUAUCUACAUCAAGCCGCAUCGUUUGCGCAAUAUCGAAUUCCAUUUGACUAAGUAAAUCUCUAGAUGAUUUUCAGGCUCGCAGCUCCGACGAAUUAAGUUUGGCGAAGGGCGACCGUGUAGAAUUAAUCGAGCGUGACGACGAAUUCGGCGAUGGGUGGUACUUGGGUCGUCAUAUGGUAAAUGGAAAUAGCGGCCUGUUUCCUGAGGUAUACACACGACCGGCGCCCAAAGGUGUUGCAGCUUCGUCCGUCGCUCCCAAGCCGAUCACAAAUUCGUUGUCAUCUACCAAUGGAACACCAUCCGUGGCCAGUCAACCGUCAUCGACCACGUCGACCCAGGACCGCACCUCGACUCCACAGCUUACUUCUUCCGCUCCGCCCGAGACCAACCCAUUAACCUUGCCGUUGAAUUCUGCGAAACUUGAGGGGAAGACGACCCCGACUUCUACAGCACCUCUUUCGAGCAAGAGUUUCGCUUACGGCAGUGGUAACGAACUAACUCGUCAUAGUUCCCGCCAGAGCCAGGAAAAUCCUGUCCUGCACGAGACUCUGACCGUCAUUGACGAGCAUAUCACCGACCUCCACUCGACUCCACAGAAUGGUGCACUCCACCAUGCAACAGAUUCCGGAAGCGAGUACAGCUCCCAUAUGCCAGAUCGAUUAUCAUACAUCCAGGGCGAAGAAACUGACGAGGAAGAGGAAGUAUCGCAUACUCGGUCGGAAGUUGAAGCUUGGACGGCCGAUGAUGUAGCCGAGUAUCUGUUCACAGCUGGCGUAGAGAAGAAACAUUGUGAAGUUUUCCGAGAUCAGGACAUAUUCGGUGAAGUUCUUCUCGGACUAGAUCAAUCGUCGCUAUUCCUAAAGGCAUUUGACCUAGGUUCCGUAGGACGAAGAUUGAAGACGUGGCAAAAGAUUAAAGCACUGCAAGAUGAAGUGAAUGGUGUCGUUCCCACGAGACGAACCACACAGACGUAUGGGAGCGAGGCGGGCUCGGAGGAUAUGAAGGUAGGAGGAGGGUUUCGGAGCCGGACAAAUACUUUGACAAACUCUCAGAGAUUUGUUCCAACGGAUAGUCGGCCAGGUUCGGUUCAGGGAAAGCGGCUAUCACAGACGAUAAAAUUAGAGCAGAUGGCUCCUAUUUCGCCUAAGGGGUCACAAGACAGACCGUCGACGAGAGGGUCGCACCACAAGAGACCUUCAGCAGCUUCCGUCCGGGAGCUUCAUCAUUCGCGGCGACAUUCGUCAACCGACUUUAGACUUGCCCCGCCGGUUAGCGCUGGGACCCCAAAGCUUUCGACCUCAGGAACGUUUCCAAUCGCCGCCGACCAUACCCACAAAAAGCAACCCUCAUUCGACCGUAACUGGACUAUGGGUUCAGCCUCCACCCCUUUCCCUCAACGUCCCUUGUCAUCUGCUGGAUUACAUGAUAUCGCAAAUACUUCUGACACAGACACCGCUCAAAAUCAAACUUCUGAACUCGACCGUGGUUAUUUCUCCGGAACCGAGAUCGAUGGUCGGAAACGUAACGUGCUUAAGAAGCGCGAUAGUACCGCCUCGCAUUCGCAUAAAUCAAGCUAUACGGAACAGCAACGGGUAAGGAGUGCGACAGCUAUCGCGAGGCGCUCUAGGUUCGGAAGUAUAGAUUCUACUCGGGACACGACGCCCCCGAGCGCCGCGCAGAUGUAUUACGGCGUAACAGGCGAUCAUCGACGGACAGCUUCUACAAAUACUACCGAGUCUAUACGACCUAUCCCCCCUGCUAAGGAUGGCCCUAGUCCAACUGUCACUAAACUCGAUGGCAACUCUCCGACUUCGCCGCCUAAUCGGCAGGCCGUUCAUGGCGAUUGGAUGUCGACUGCUGGAAGUAAAUUUGGUGGUUUGAGGGCGAUCUCAGAUGCCAUGAUUGGUAACUCGAAACUCGGAUCACCUACCAAUUCCUCCGCCCAGGAUUCUCCUAUGAGAUCACCAUCAAGGACGGGAUCGAGUACACCCUCGGGCGGCCCCAGUUUCGAGAUCGAUUCCCCAGACACGGGGAAAAGCCCGUACUCCGCUGCUACUACUGCUAGCCGCAAGAGUGCGAAGAAGACGAAGAAAGAAACUAGUGCCUAUCUACGUGGGCUACAAAAAAUCGGACCUCGUGAAGCAAUCAAGGACGCAGACUAUAGCGGGUGGAUGAAAAAGAAGAGCUCGCAUCUUAUGACGACGUGGAAACCGCGGCUCUUCGUCCUUAAAGGGCGCCGCCUUGCAUACUAUUACUCGGAAGACGACACUGAAGAGAAGGGCCUCAUCGAUAUUUCGUUCCAUCGCGUGCUCCCAGCUGACAAUGAACGGCUCACUGGACUCCAUGCCACUUUGACGGGUGCCAGCAACACGCCGAUCAUGCCGGCUGAUAGCAGCAUCCCUACUCUUGCAGACAAUGUUACCAUUUCUCCUGCCGAGAAAGGCCUGGAUGCGAUGUUCAUAUUCAAGCUUAUGCCACCUCGAGCCGGGCUUUCCAAGGCCGUCAACUUUACCAAGCCUACCAUUCAUUAUUUUGCGGUUCCAAAUCUGCAGCAAGGCCGGACUUGGAUGGCAGCAUUGAUGAAAGCGACUAUUGACCGUGAUGAUUCCCAGCCAAUGACAACAACCUACCAGCAAAAGACGAUUUCGCUUACCAAGGCACGCGCUAUGCGACACCGGCCACCUGCCCUGAUGAACCUCGACGAGAAGGUCGAAGAGGGUACCAAAGACGAUGAGAAGAAGAACGGCCUGGGCAUCUCGUUCGGCGAGGUCGAUAGUGCAGUUUCUGGUCUCGAGAAACUAGGCCUUUCAAAGGUUGAGAGUUCAGCAACCAAGACAUCGGCGUCUGAGAACGAAAAGACCGAGAGCUUACCUUUCCUAGCUUCGCCUCAGAGCGCCUAGCGGCGCAAUCCUCGGCUUUCACACUCGGUGCCGUCGUGAACACGGUAGCUGGUAGCUGAUCCACAGCUGAUCGAAUGAUAUAUUGCUGCGUCUUGGACAAAGCCAGCAGCACUAAUAUAUUACAGGCUUUUGGCAAGGGCCGGCCGAGCUGAAGCCUAUGACCACGACACAAAAUUUCCUUCCCUCUAGCGCGUCAUCGGUUUUUAUCUUGAUUUCAUAAUUAUUCCCCAAAUAUCCACUAUCGAUACCUGUGUACGAACGAAGCAAGGAACGGAUGCAACGACCAAACUCCCAAACGCCCUCCAAGCCAGGGAUUAGGAGGAAAGGGGAGGAAAGAGAGCAAAGGAAGCACCAGGCAAAUAAUAUCACGGGUGCUUAGAAGAAAGGGGCGAGGAAUGGAGAUGGUUCGCGGUGCGCUUUCUGCUGCUGCUGUUGUUGUUGUUGCUGUCGCUGUUGUGUUGUUUCCGGUUGAUUCCUGUCGAGCGGGAGACCAAGAGGAAAGUAGAGGAAGCAGGAAGGAGUAGAAGGUUGAGAAGGGCGAAAUGAAGAGAAGAGGCCCGGGCGGAUGAUAUAGCAUUAACCGAAGCCGAAGCAGGUGCAGGAGCAAUAGAUAAGCCUUAAUACAGUGUACUAUGAAACAGAGAUUAUGUUAAUUGA